ACAAGCGGAAGACACCUAACAAGAUGUGACCAGACACCGUCAGACACUACUGUCCUGUCCAGGAAGGUCCAGCUCAUGUUUAGGUCACCAUGUGGAUCACUGUUGGCAUUUUCUGCUGCCUGGUUUUUGGAAGUCUACCUUUUGUCUGUUUCUCCUGUCCAUCCCAGUGCAGCUGCACUUUCCACUCAUUCAGUGAUGGGUCUAAAUCCAGAACAGUACUUUGUAAUGAUCCAGAGAUGACCUCAACGCCAGUUAAUAUCCCGGUGGACACCUUUAAACUGCGAAUUGAGAAAACAUCUGUAAAGAGGGUGCAGGGAGACGCUUUCUACCUGCUUUCCAACCUAGAGUUUCUGUGGAUGCCAUAUAACUCUGUGGUGAGCCUUAGCAUGAUCACGUUGCGAGGACUAAACAAACUUCAGGAGCUGAGGCUGGAUGGUAAUGCUCUCACCUCUUUUCCAUGGGAAGCUCUAAUAAAUACUCCUCGUCUAAGAUUGCUUGAUUUGCAUAACAAUGAGCUCUCAGCUAUACCUAAAGAAGCAGCUCGUUAUAUAAAGAACAUUACGUACCUGGAUUUUUCCAGCAAUAAACUUAUUACACUUCCCCAGGAACUUAUUGCAUCUUGGCUAAGCCUACACUCAUCAUCUUACUUCUCCAAUGACCAUUCUACACUUAUCCUCGGACUGCAGGACAAUCCUUGGCUGUGUGAUUGCAGUUUGUAUGAAAUGGUUCAUUUCUUGAACUUUCAUUCUCCAUCUGUGGCAUUUAUAGAACCACGUCUAAAAUGCUUUUCCCCGCUGAGUCUGGCUGGUGUGCUCUUUAGCCAGGUGGAGUUAAGAAAGUGCCAAAGCCCUGUGAUUUACACAUCGGUGGCAAAAUUGAAGACCAUGGUUGGUAGUGCGGUUCUACUGAAGUGUGGGACUAUGGGCAUCCCCAUCCCUGAACUAAGUUGGAGAAAAAGUGAUGGCUAUCAAAUUAAUGGAACAGUUCAUCAGGAAGUAUCGAGUGAUGGCAUGAGCUGGUCCAUCCUCAACUUGCCCACAGCCUCUUACAAAGAUUCUGGAGAGUAUGUAUGUAAAGCCAAAAACAUGCUGGGAAUGACAGAAGCCUUUGUUUCAGUCUUAGUCACAAACUCAAACUCAACUGAUGAGCCGAGUGAUAAUGGUAGAUACCUUUCGAUGGAAAUGAACCCAGACAUGCAAAAAUUUAGAGUGAAUGGCAACCGAGGUUCAUUUAAUAAUGAAGUGCAGAAUAUGAAUCCAAUUUCUGGCACAGGUGCAAGACCCUACAGCAAGGAACCGGGCAAUAUUUUACUGAGUUCACCAACUAAACUUCCAGAAAGCGAGCGUCUAGUGAGAGGUGUGAAAGUCAUUGGCGAUACAGACCACAGUGUCUCUCUGGCAUGGAAAGCACCUCUUGCCAAAAAUGGCACCAUCUUUAGUGUCCUUUAUGCAAUUUUUGGUGAACGAGACAUGAAAAGGAUUAAUGUAGAACCUGGCAAGACAAAGAUCACAAUAGUUGGCUUGAUACCCCAAACAAAGUACAUUGCCUGUGUUUGUGUAAAAGGACUGAUACCCAAGAAGGAACAAUGUAUUAUUUUUUCCACAGAUGAAGCAGUCAGUGCUGGUGGGACCCAGAAACUGAUUAAUGUGGUGGUCAUUAGUGUGGCUUGUGUUAUUGCUGUCCCUUUAACCCUUGUGGUUUGCUGUGGAGCUUUGAAGAGACGAUGCAAAAAACUCCUUUUACGCAAAUCCAAGGAUCUCCAAGACUCUUAUGUCACAUUUGAGAGUCUCUCAACAACAACAAAAACAAAGGUGACUGAAGGGGAAUAUCUAACUAGCCAUACUCCAGAUGAAUCAAAUAGACUUUUAUCUGCACGGUCAAGUGUAGAUUCUGAGGCAAUACCAAAAGCAGAAGGACAGCCAAAUGAGUUCUUCUGCUGAUUAAAUAAAACUUCACUAAUUCAUUACCAAUAAUUUAACAGCUGUUUUUAUUAAACAUGUAUAUACUUUUUCUCGUGCAAUGUAUGUCAGUUAAACAAAUCCACAAUGUGCCAGCACAAUAAAAUCUAUGGAGGUGAGUAUUGGCAUUUGUCAGUGCGAAAGACUCAGUUGAGAUGUAAUGCUACAUCAAGCCUUCUUGACUAGCAUGGACAAUAAGAUUUUUUUUCUUUAACCUUUUUUCUGUUUGAGGUUGUUAGAGAUAUAGACUCCUAGAAGAGAUAGUCAGGAAACCCUUUACACAUCAUGCUAGGAAUUGUAAUAUAUGUCAUGACUGAUGUUUACAUGAAAACUAUAUAAAUUAUGUUGUGUAAAAUUGGAAGGAAUCCAUAUUAUAAUGUUGGCAUAAUCUAUGCCUACAUCAAGACCAGUUUUCUCAAUUUAACUAGAGGAGUGCUAGAGCAAAACCUUUAAGGCUCAGCAGAAAAUGAUAUAUAUUAUAACUUCCCCAACCAUGAAACUCA